AUGACCCGGAGCGCCGCGCCGCCGGCCGCGGCCUUCUUACUUGUACACGCCAAUCAUAUUUCCGUGCUGGACGAGCCGCUCAUGUGGGGCGUGCUGCCUCCGCCAUACUUUCGUGACCCUCGGAGCGUGCGCUGGAGCCUCGGUGCCAGUGACAUCAUCUUCAAAAACGACUUUUGCCGCUGGUUCUUCCGCCACGGCCAGACACUCGAAGUCGUCCGCGGCGCCGGCAUCUUCCAACGCUCCCUCCACGAAGCACUGGCGCGCCUCGCCGAGGGCCAGUGGGUGCAUUUGUUCCCCGAAGGCUAUGUGAAUCUGACGCGCUCUACGCGCAUGCGCCGCUUCAAGUGGGGCGUCUCGCGCCUGGUGCUCGAGGCGCCGCAUACCCCCCUCGUCGUGCCCAUCUGGCUCAUGGGCAUGGACCAGGUCAUGCCGCACCCCCGCGCGCACCCCCGGUGGCUUCCCCGCCCGGGCGCAGAUAUCGGCAUCACAUUUGGCGACCCUGUGGAUGUGUCGACGUUUGUCCAGGCCUACCAGCAGUGGCGCGCCGCGCCGGCCGCGGCCGUGCCGGCUUUCGACGUCGACGCGCCCUCUGAGCAUUUGUACCGCGACACGCCGCUGCGCCCUGAUGACGCACCGGGCUAUGCGCACAUCCGCAGCUGCCUUGCGGCGCACCUCCGCACACACCUCGCGCGUGUCGGCUCUGAAACCCGCCGCGAGUGGGGCCUAGGCGAAGGCGAAGGCACCUUGGCGCAUCGUCCUGAUCAAGGUGUCUAG